UUCGCGGCCAAUCACGCACGCGUUUACUCAACAUGGCAGCACUCUGAGUCCUGCAGGAAGACCCCAGGAGUAAAUAAAGAGACAUUUGACGUUUUAGCGGGAGCGACCGUGUUGGGGACCGGUUGGAUCCGAGAGGGGGGGGAAAAUGUCGAGUGACGGCAGUAAAAAACAGUUCUGGAAAAGAAACGCUGCGAAGGUUCCUGGCAGCAUUCAGCAUGUGUAUGGCGCGCAACACCCACCGUUUGAUCCACUCCUCCAUGCUAACUUGAUUAAGGCGGGCAACAAGCUGUCUCCCGCCACGCCGGGCAAGCCCAAGAAGGCCACAACGUUCCAAGAGUUCGAGAGCAUUACGAGCGACGCCUGGGACGUCGGCGACGACGAUGACGAGCUCCUGGCCAUGGCAGCGCAGAACCUCAACAUCGAGGUUGUCAUGGAGACGGCUAAUAAGGUGAUUGAAAAUCACAGCAAGCUGCAGGAGAGACAGAAGCUGGACGACACCGUAGAGUCGUGUCAAAGAGGGGACGACAACACGCAAGAGGCGGAGUACGAGGAGGACGAGGAGGAGGACGAUGAGGAUGAUCGAGUGGAGGAGGGAGACUUGACCAGUCCAGAGGUUUCCUUUUCCUUCCAGAGCAGUCCUGACACUGACGGGCGUUUGGUUAAAUCCCACAGCGAAGCUCCUAUCGGAUCACCGAAAGAUGCAGCAAGCGAGCACGCCGCCCUCUACAGACAGCGCUCUCUGCCCCACCGGCCCCCCCUCAUCCCACUCGUAGCUCGCAUGGCUGACCAGAACACGUCGGGCACCCCGGCCAUGACCGAGAGGGAGGCGUCGCGUCUGGAUAAAUUCAAGCAGUUGUUGGCUGGCCCUAACACAGAUCUUGAAGAGCUUCGGAAACUCAGCUGGUCUGGAAUCCCGCGACAAGUUCGGCCAAUCACGUGGAAGCUCCUCUCUGGUUACCUGCCAGCCAAUGCAGAGAGGCGAGACAAUGUCCUCCAGAGGAAGCGGCAGGAGUAUUUCGGCUUCAUCCAGCAGUACUACGACUCCCGCAAUGACGAACACCAUCAGGACACGUACAGACAGAUUCACAUUGACAUACCGAGAACUAAUCCUCUUAUUCCUCUCUUUCAACAAGCUUCUGUCCAAGAGAUAUUUGAACGCAUCCUCUUCAUUUGGGCCAUACGGCACCCUGCCAGCGGCUACGUGCAAGGCAUCAACGACCUGGUCACCCCUUUUUUUGUGGUCUACGUCUUUGAGUACAUCGAGGAAGAAGUGGAAAACUUUGACGUGUCCAGUCUCCAGGAAGAGGCUCUGAGGAACAUUGAAGCUGACAGCUUCUGGUGCAUGAGCAAGCUGCUGGACGGCAUCCAGGACAACUACACUUUUGCACAGCCGGGCAUCCAGAGGAAAGUCAAGGCCUUGGAGGAGCUGGUCAGCAGGAUUGACGAAUCGGUGCAUCAUCACAUGCAGCAUUACGAGGUGGAAUACUUGCAGUUUGCCUUCCGCUGGAUGAACAACCUUUUGAUGAGAGAGCUGCCGCUACGAUGCACCAUUAGAUUGUGGGACACCUACCAGGCUGAACCGGAGGGUUUCUCCCACUUCCACCUCUACGUCUGUGCAGCCUUCCUGGUGAGGUGGAGGAAAGAGAUUCUAGAGGAGCGAGACUUUCAGGGCCUGAUGAUUCUGCUGCAGAACCUUCCCACAAUGCACUGGGGCAACGAGGAGGUCAGCGUGCUCCUGGCCGAGGCCUACAGGUUGAAGUUCGCCUUCGCCGACGCCCCCAACCACUACAAGAGAUGAUGGCGCUCCGCCUGCCCGGAUGAUUCGUCUUCACACCUGAGCUAAGAGAGAUUGACGUAACUGAGAGGGCGACGCACUGAACAUUUUUUUUUUUUUACUUUUUGUGUUUUUUUUUGGAGGGGUUUUUUUCCCCAAAUGCGUGGAAGGCGACCUCAGGUGCAACGUCGAGCGAUUGCUAGCGAUGGCCAAUGAGUGUUCUGGCUCUUUCUCUGCAGAGAUUUGACCUUUUUUUGUCAGUUUUGUGCAGUCAAUGGACGGCGGCGCAAAGGGCAGAGCCCGUGGCGUCCAUAACUGAACCUUCUCUCCCGCUCAACCUGACGGAACAUCAUUUUUUUUUUUUUGUUGCCUUCGCCUUGCCCUCCAGCGAUGAGGAUUGCCCCUCCUUGGAGUCCAGAGAGCUUCAUCAGCAUCCACAUGAAUCAAGCGCCACCCGGGGGGUAAGAAUUUAUCUCCCUGCAACAUCUUAUUUAUUGGCUCCAGGGAAGUCAUAAAGUGUCUGAAUAGAACACGUGAGGAUCGGUCAAGGGACUAACCUUGGGAAAGAUUUUUUCUUUGCAAAAGAUUGUUGUUGCCACCUGAGCCCACAUUGAUGGACGCCUUUCCACUUUUCUUCCCCCGCUCACAUUAUCAGCCUUUUAUUUUUAUUUAUUUUUUUAUGAUUUGUCUACAUUAUCCCAUUAAAUCGUGCCUGACAUCAAGAAAUAUACAAAAACAUAUAUAUAUUUUAUUUUUACAUGUUUUUAUUUUCAUGUUCUGGCUGUUGUGUGAGUUACAAACCCCGCCCCUAUUAUAGCGAUUGUCCAAUCAUACGGCAGCAACACUUCCGAUGUCCCUCCCACCCUCCCUUCUAGGAAGUCCCUGAUUAUUAUAUUAGGCACACCUACAAAGGGGAGGACCAGCCUAUCAACAAUUUAAAGAAGGGCGGGGCUUACUGAUGAAUCACUUUUUUAUUUUUAUUUUUUAUUGCCAAGUGUAAAAAAACAAAAUAUAUUUUACCCUUUUUUUUUUCAAAUUUAAUCAGUAGAUGGGCAUCCCCCAUUUAAGGAAGUGGGGGAUUUAUUGAAGCAUAAUGUUUGUUAUUAUCGCCUUGUUACGCUAGAAAAAAAAUAAUAAAUACAGAUUUAACAAGUGUAAAAAAAAAUAUAUUGAUCUUUUAGACUUUUUUUAAAUUUAAUAAGUAGAUAGAAUUAAUAUCUGGCAUUUCCCAUUUAAGGAAGUGAGGGGACUUAUUGAAGCAUCAUUCUAUUGCCUUGAUCACAUUGGAAAAAAUAUAUAAAAAUAAUACAUAUACCUAUCAAGUGUAAAAAAAAAAAAAAAAAGAGGAUUUUUUUUUUAGACUUUUAAAUAUUUAUAUAAAAUGGAAUCAAUAAAGACACUAUUUGAGAUCUCCAGUUUAAUGAGGUGGGGGGCUUGUUAAGCAUCACAUUUGUUUUAUGGACUGAAUCUGCAAAAAAAAGAUAAAAAAUUAAAUAAAAAUACAGAUUUAACAAUUUAAAAAAGUACAUUUUUCUGACAUUUUUACUUUUUUUUAACUUUUUAAAAUUUAAUUUUACCAAAUGAAUCAGAUCUUACUGUAGCAUCGUUUUUGUUCUAUUCCCUUAUUCCACAAAUGACAAUUGAUUAAAAGAAAAAAAAAAACACUGAUUCAAAAGCUUUUGUUUGUAAUUUUUUAAAUUGUUUUUAAAACAUGAAUCACUAGAUAGAAUAGAUAUCUGGAAUCCACAAUUUAAGGAAGGGCGGGUCUCACUGUAGCAUCACUUUUGUUCUUAUUGCCUUAUUCCACAAAUGACAAUUGAUUUAAAAAAAGAGAUUAAACAAGUUAAAAAAAAAAAGUUGCACUUUUAGACAUAUUUUUUAAACUGUUAAAACAAUAUUUUACAAAUGAAUCAACAGAAUAAAUGUCCGGCUCCUCCAUAUUCAGGAAGGCCGGGGAUUGUUGAAGCCUCACUUUUUGUUCUUGUUUUAAUCCGCAAAAAGACAUUUGAUGAAAAAAUAACAAGUGUAAAAAAUAUAUUUUUAAAAAGUUGCUCUUUCAGACAACUUUUUAAUAUUUUUUUUUACUUUUGAAAUUUUAUCUUACAAAUGAAUCAAUAGAAAUAAUAAAUAUCCUGCAUCUUCAAUGUAAGGAAGGGCAGGGCUUCUUGAAGCAUCACUUUUGUUCUUAUUGCCUAAUUCCGCAAAUGACAACAGAUUAAAGGCCUACUGAAACCCACUACUACCGACCACGCAGUCUGAUAGUUUAUAUAUCAAUGAUGAAAUAUUAACAUUGCAACACAUGCCAAUACGGCCUUUUUAGUUUACUAAAUUGCAAUUUUAAAUUUCCCGCGGAAGUACCAUGCUAAAACGUCGCGGUAUGAUGACGGGUGUGCGUGACGUCACAUUUUGUUCCAGCACCGUUCACAGCUACAAGUCGUCUCUUUUCAUCGCAUAAUCCCACAGUUUUAUGCACAUCUGUGUUGCUGAAUCUUUUGCAAUUUGUUCAAUAAAUAAUGGAGACGUCAAAGAAGAAAGCCGUAGGUGGGAAGCGGUCUAUUGCGGCCGCCUUUAGCAACACAAACACAGCCGGUGUUUCCUUGUUCCCGAAAGAUGACGGUGAAGCUUUACUAUAGAACAGAGCUGUCAAGCAAACAUGGUUCCCUACCACAUGUCAAUCGGCAGGUUUCGGUGAGAAAAUUGUUGUAAUAAGUCGGCUCUUACCUUAGAUAUGAGUGGAGAGUUUGCGUCGUUCCUCCUGCCCCUGUCAAAGAGGCAGCUGCGGACUCUCUUGCCUCCUCCCACCGGCCGCCCCCGAGCGUCGGAUGCUUCCACCGUGGAGGAAGGAAAAAAAAUUAAAAAUCUCCGCCAGGCCCCACUUGCUGACUUCGCCUCAUCGAGAAACGUGGCUUCCCUCGGAGACACUGGCGGUGACCACACCCCUCCCGACUUUCAGGUUGUACAGGUACGACCGUAUAAUCUCACUAAAACACUAGUAACACAUUAAGCAGAUAAGGGAUUUUCCAGAAUUAUCCUAGUAACAUUGUCUAAUAACCACUGAAUCGCUCUGCCGUCUAGUUUUUUUUUCUUUCUAGUCCUUCACUCUUACUUUCCUCAUCCACAAAUCUUUCAUUCUCGCUCCAAUUAAUGGGGAAAUCGUCGCUUUCUCGGUUCGAAUCGCUCUCGCUGCUGGUGGCCAUUAUUGUAAACAAUGUUCAGAUGUGAGGAGCUCUACAACCCGUGACGUCACGCGCACAUCGUCUGCUACUUCCGUUACAGGCAAGGCUUUUUUAUUAGCGACCAAAAGUCGCAAACUUUAUCGUGGAUGUUCUCUACUAAAUCCUUUCAGCCAAAAUAUGGCAAUAUCGUGAAAUGAUCAAGUAUGACACAUAGAAUGGACCUGAUCUCCCCGUUUGGAUAAGAAAAUCGAAUUCCAUAUUGAGCAAGUGUAAAACAAAAAAAAGUUUUUUUUUUACUUUUUAAAUGUUAUUUUACAAAUAAAUGAGUAGAUAGAACAAAUGAUGUAGUGUGAGUCUGCACACACAAGCAUCCCCAUGGUGGUGAAAGUGCAUGUCCUUUCUGGCUGGAGCCUUCCCUUUUUUGCACACACCCAAACACACACACACACACACAAUGAACUUCAAAUCAUCUUUGAAGAAUCUCCUGUGCCCUUAAAUAAAAUUUCAAGCAGUAGUUUUUGCUCUCCUUACCUGGACAUUUAUUUGUGACAACCAACAGAAAAAAGACAAAAAAGAAAAAACACCCCCCUUGGCUUUGGAGUACUGACCUAAAUCCAACAGUACUUGUUCCUUAAAAAAAAAAAAAAAAAUGUAUAGAAUAUUUUGAAAUGGGGAAAACAAAAUGUAUAUAGAAAGUGUAAAUAAAUCCAAUAUACAACAA